AUGCAGCAUGCCACCGCAUUGCUGCGCAGUGCACCAUGCAUAUCACUGAGGGCCUUUACGAGCGCCAAGAGACCGGGUAGCCGCGCCGGGCUGCACGUCCGUGCGGCGGUGGCCAGCAAGACUGCCACGCCCCGCCUGGUGCUCAAGGGAGGCAAGGUCCACCUCUUCUCCCGCCAUCGCAACCCGGUUGUAUACGGGGGCGCCGUGGAUAAUAUCAAGGGGCCGGCCCCCGCCCUUGGCGACGCUGUGCUGGUGUGCGAUGGAGCAGGCGCCGCGUUUGCAUGGGGCUUCUACAACCCCCACUCCAUGUACCGCGUGCGGAUCAUGCAGAUGCUGUCGAGCCCUGAGCAAAAGGCGCCCAGCGACAUCCAGGCCCUCCUUCGCGCCAAGAUUCAGGCCGCCUGGGAGCUGCGGCGGGCCCUGGACCUCCCCAGCCAGGACACCGAUGUCUACCGCCUCGUCAACAGUGAGGGCGAUGGGCUGUCGGGCCUCAUCAUCGACGUACUGGGCUCCCAGGUGGUGGUGGCCCCCUCGGCGGCCUGGUGCAUGCGGUACCGCGCGGAGAUCACCCGCGCGCUGACCGAGGUCCUCCAGCAGCAGGGUACCGCAGGCGGGGCCGAGCCUGACAUCGUGUGGCAGCCUGCCGUCACCAUGCUGACGCGCGAGGAGGGCUGGACCUUUGAUGACCCCGGUGCGGCGGGGGUCCAGGGAGUGGCGAUGAACGGGCCUCGCAGCAGGGCCGCCUCUGGCGAGGACUCUGGCGAGGAGGAGGAGGGCGACGCAGGGGAGGACGCAGAGACGGACAGCGCGGCCUCUCCCGCCUCGCCCGCCGACCCGCCGCUGAUCAUCCGGGAGCAUGGGCUGCGGUACAGCCUGGACGCCGAGGGCCCCAACCAGAAGACGGGCUUCUACGCUGACCAGCGCGACAGCCGCCUCGUCCUGCGCCAGCUCAGCAAAGGAAAGCGCGUCCUGGACCUGUGUUGCUACACGGGCGGCUUCGCGUUGAACGCGGCCGCCGGCGGCGCGACCCAUGUGCUGGGCCUGGACAGCUCCCACCGCGCCGUGCACGCUGCGGCGGCCAACGCCGCGCUGAAUGGGCUGGACCAGGUCCUGACCUUUGAGCGUCAGGACAUGAAGGCCUGGGGUCGCGGCAGCCAGCCGCCGCCGGGCGGCUGGGACAUGGUGGUCCUGGACCCGCCCAAGCUGGCGCCGGGGAAGAAGGCCAUGGUGCGUGCCACGCGGCAGUACACCGCCUACAACGCGGCGGCCAUGCGCCUGGUGGCCCCAGGGGGGCUCCUCAUGACCUGCUCCUGCUCGGGGGCCAUGACCCAAAGCGACGGCUUCCUGCCCAUGCUCCAGGAUGCCGCCCGCCUGGCGGGGCGCAGCCUGACACUGCUGCGGUCGGCGGGGGCGGCGCCAGACCACCCGCUCGACCCGGGCUACCCUGAGGGGCGGUACCUCACCAACGUCCUCGUGCGCGUGACUUGA